UCUAUUUGUUUUAUCUGUGAAGCGACCUUGGAUGUCCUGAAAGGCGUUUUAAAUAAAAUGUAUUAUUAUUAUUUUUAUUAUUAUAAAUACUGCCCAGAAAUACUGUAUACCUGUAAGUAAACAAGUUGGCUACAUACACUUUGGUGAUAGAAUGUUUGUGAAUACCUCAGUAAUUCUCUGAGGCUGGAAUAGGGUAUGGUUCAGUCCCAGCUAGAAGUGUGUAUGACCACCAUAGGUGUUUAUUUUUUUGGACUGCACAGCCACACAAACACACAGCUGCACACAAAUAGCAUGUGUACAGUAAGAAUCAUACAUAAAUUGAAUUUCCCCUGGGAAUCAAUAAAGUAUCUAUCUAUCUAUCUAUCUAUCUAUCUAUCUAUCUAUCUACACUGACUGCAACUUUAAGAGAUGAGCUGUUGAUCAGUCACAACAGCUGGGAUAAUAAUCGCUUUGAAUGAGCCUCUUGCUUCAAGUUCUUGGCACACUUGGCCAGACUUUGGCUUGGCCCUUUGUCUGCAGCCAACGGUGCAUUGUUGUAUCCUGUGUAAUUUUGUAUUAUAUUUAUUUGGCUUGGUGGUCAGUUGACCACUGUGGAACGUCCCCAACCAGUAGCACAAGCAACGUGACAUUAUUUUCCUAGGUGUAACUGAAAUAGUCUUUCAGGGUCUGCUUUAUCAUCAGUGGGACAGUUCUUUUCAUCUGAUGUGGGUAAGCAAUGCACAUUUGUAUGCCUUGUCUAUUUGUUUGUUUGUUUGGUUGUGUUACUAAUUAUAUCACCACCCUCUUUGCUUAUCUCCAGCAGAGGAUAAGUGCUCAAUGUGUGGAGGCUGGUUCCCCCUAGAGGCAGUAUUCACCAUCCUGUGCCCCUCAAAGAUUACUUGAUCCUCAUCUUGUAUGAAUCUACAGUAUGUUUAUCAUUCAGACAAAGCCCUCAGACCCACAACAUCAAACAGUGGCUCCAUGGCAGUGUGCACUAGAGAUUACCAGGCCAUGGAGGACUACAGCAUCUACAAUAACAUGUCUGAUGAUGACCUGGUCCAGCUGGCCAUUGAACGCAGCCUGAGUGAUAUCUGCAGUGCUUCCUCAGCCUUUUCACAACUUGCAACACAGAGGUCAUCCUAUUCACAUCCUGCAGCAAGUCAAUCGGUGUCCUCUGAGGAAGUCGUGCCAGCGUUUCGACAGUUGCAAGACAGUUACAGGCUUCGGACACAAGCAGCUUUGCCUGCUCAAAACAUCCCUCCCUUUGCCAACUCAUUGCAGGCUGUCAGUCUCCCCAGUGAAGGCCGAAAUGAGAGAAGUUUCCUUGUCUGCAAUGAAGAGGAUGAAAUGAGAGCGCUCUCUUGGACAAAAGGAAUUGGUUCAGGACUGGAAGUAACAGUGACACGUAUAGAGGACAUACCUACCGUAAACGCAGCCAUCAACAGGAAUGAUGCCCCAGUACUUCUUGAAAUAUUGCGGAAACAGCCUUCUCACAUUACGAGUGCACCAAGCAAGGAUGGCUGGCUACAUAUACAUGAGGCUGCACAAUGUGGUUCUAUGGAAUGUUUAAGAGUGCUAAUAAACGCCUUUCCUGAACUAAUCAACAAGUAUACCAACAACCGCCACACCCCUCUGCAUCUGGCUGUGGUAAAUAAACAUCUGUUAUGUGUCCAGUGUCUUCUUGAGGCAGGAGCAGAUCCCAAUAUAGCCAACGAUUUAGGAGAAACACCUUUGUACAGAGCUUGUGAAAAACCAACUGAGGAAAUAGUGGAGCUUCUCCUGAUGUUUGGAGCCAAGGUCUCACAAGCCAGCAUUGAGGGAGUGACACCAUUACAUGAAGCAGUGCGAAACAAAAAUCUUGACAUAUGCAACCUUCUAGUGAGAGCUAGAGCAAACAUAAGAGCCAGGAGCACUUAUGGCGUUGAACCACUAUUCAUGGCUGCCCAAGUAGGAAGCACAGAAGUAAUAACGCUCCUCGCUACAUAUGGAGCCUAUAUUAACUGUGAAGCUAAAGAUGGAGCAACACCUUUGUAUGAAGCAUCCAAGAAUGGCCAUGAGGAGGUGGUGAAGCUGCUUCUGUCUAAAGGAGUAGAUGUGAACACAAGAACUAAAGCAGGACUGACCGCUCUUCACAUUGCUUCAAAGAAUGGACAUGCUAGAGUUGUGUCUUUACUGAUUCCACACACGGACAGAAGGAUGUUGAAACAGAGUGCCAUCAGCCCGCUCCACCUUGCAGCAGAACAUGACCGAGAGGAUAUCUUGGAGAUUCUCAUCGAUGCGGGCUUUGAUGUCAACACUGUGCUGAAGACUGACCACUCCCAGAUUUAUGACGAUCGGUGCUGCUCAGCCCUCCACUUCACUAUACGCAACAGCAACAUAGACACAGCCUCCAUGCUGCUGGAGGCAGGCGCUGACCCCAAUCUGGAUGUUUUCAACCCUCUUUUGGUAGCCGUGAGACAGGGAAAUACAGAGAUGGUGUCUUUGCUGGUGGAGUAUGGUGCCAAUGUGAAUGCCUGCGUGCCAACACACCCCACUACCUUUCCUGGGGCUUUGCUCUUUUGUAUGAAGCACACGCUGAUGUUCAAGUUCCUGCUGGAGAAUGGAUGUGAUGCCAACGCCUGUUUCUCAUGUAUUUAUGGAAACAACACACAUCCUCCAGUCAAAAGAAGGCAGGCUACGGAUGAACUGGACUUGGAUCCUCAUAGCGAAGCAACACAGUUCUGUGAGAUUAUAGUGGAUCCCCUUUACACCUAUUGGGCAGGACCUAUACUUGACCGUCUCCUUGAUUACACUGGUCCUGUGAAACUGUGUUCUAGAAUCACAGAACUUCUUGAGCACAACCAGGACUGGGUAUACAUCAUAGAAAAAUCAAAGCCAUCCUUUUGCCUGAUGCAUCUGUGCCGACUGAGGACCCGCCAGCUGGUGGGAUGGCAGAGACUGAGGAGAAUGACCAGCCUUCCUCUGCCUGGACGACUCAUCAAGUACCUGUUCUACGACAACGGAGAGUCUGAAGACUUCCUUUCUCGUGGUUUUGACUAAACAUAUCCUUGUGUCAGUCUUACGGAAGGUUUCCACACAACAAAACACCUCGCGAAUUUUGUUCUACUAAAUUUUGCACAUUCUUUAAGUAUCAGUUACAUAUUUUUACAGUACAUUUACAGUACUGAGGUGCAUUUUUAUUAAAUUUCAGUUUUUACACUGAAGUGAGGAAUUAUGAAAUAUAAAAAUGUUUACAUUUGUCAUGUCCUUUAUAUUGUGUUCAUGAGGUAAAGAGGUUGUUGUGGGGAAAAACAUAAGUAACAUUGCUGUCACAGGUUUUUGCAGUAGUGUUUUAGAUUCAUCUCACCAGUGACUAUGUUGUCUGUUGAGGGCUGAGGGCUUGUGUGUUGUGUCUGAAGACAUUCUUUUUUUUCAGCAAGGUUGAAUGGUUUUGAGGGGAAAGUUUGGUUUUGGGAGUUGAGUGUGUCAUAAUAAUAAUAAUAAUAAUAAUAAUAAUAAUAAUAGGUUUUAUUUUUAUAUAGCGCCUUUCUCAAACUCAAGGUCGCUUUACAGAGUCAAAGCAAAACAAGAGUGGAGGGUAAUAAAAUGUGGUAAGUCUUUGCAGUUGUGGAGGAGGAUAAGUGUUAAUGAAACUGAAAGGUCUUGAUGAGCUUUAAAGAAAGGGAAGGAGGGGCAAUUACAGAGGGGUUGAGGGAGAGAAUGACACUGGACGAGCGGGAUUGAGUGUAAGGAAUCAGAAGGUCACAGAGGGAUGGGGGAAGGUCAUGGAGGGCUUUAAAGGUGAGAAAUAGUCCUGGAUGUGUUUUGGGAAAUGGAAACAACAGAAACUUUUAAGUUGCUAUAAUAUGUCAUACCUACAUGUCUUAGGCAUACUAGACACCUGUUAAGAUGAUAAACAUUUGAUGGAUCUUGUUCUUAAUAUUUUCUGUUUCGUACAAAGUUUACUGAAGGAAACAAUGUGAAGUGCAUUUUUCAGAAAGCAUUGAAAAUCAAUAAUAUUUUUGG